UUCUGUGCUCAUCAGAAUCAUAGAACAAAUGACAGAAGAAUUGUUUUCUAUCUAUGUAAGUUUUACAUUCAUAACAAUACAUUCCAAACAAAAUAAUAUCAAAGUAUUUCGUUGAUCUAAAUUUGAUUAAUUACGUGCAAUUCACCAUGAGUAAUUCUCGCUCAGGUAUGUCACAAAUGAAUGGAAAUUCUAAUCGAAGGCACCCUGCUCUUAAUAGAAACAAUUCAAAUGAAAAAUCGGCAUCAUCAAAUGCCAACCAUAAUCUUCCCCAUGAUUACAUCAUAAAAUAUAUCAAUGAUACAUGGAAUGCAGUUAAUCAAGAGUUGGAAAAAAAUACUGGCAGUACUAAGUAUUACAAAGAAGAGAAUCACAAUCUUAAAGAUUUCCGUCCCUUCAACUUGGAAGCAAACUGGUCUAAAAAAUCAGUUCCCUAUUAUCAACAAGGUCAGACUAGACAUUCUUAGAUUUUAGGACCAAUCAAUGACUGUUAGCUUUUUGUACAUGAUUGUUUUAAACUAUGUGAUGAUUGUUGUUUGAGAACAUACUAUCAGUAAAUUUGCUAAGAAACCA